GUUAUAUAAAUGUACGGAACAAAACAAAGCUACCGUCUCUUACUAAUAAUAUUAGAUAUUUUUUUUUAUAAUAUAUGAUUUGACAAGGGUAGGAUAUGAUUCGAAUUUGAGAUGGAACACUUUUUGCACAUACCCAUUUACCAGUUGAACCAACCAUUCUUGGAUAUUUUGAGUGGAAGGAAAAAAUUUUGUAAGUAGAUAUAGAAAAAAAAACAUUAACUUUCCAAUAAAACCAUCUUGUUUUGUCGUUUAACGAAAAUUACUAAUCUAUUGAAAUGGUUGAUUGAGAAGCAAUAAGGUCUUUAUCCAUAUUAUGAGAUAAACCAGAUGAAUUGAUCGAGUAUUAGGCCUUUUUAACCUCGAAAUCGGAGUUUCGAAUCUUUUUAGGCUUCUCACUUGUGAACCUGUAAAUUCUAGAUAAUUUAUACUGGUUUAUAUCUUUAAUUUUAAUGUUGUUUGUAAAAUUAUUAAUGGCUACGGAUUUCCUUUGGGAUUUGACCAAUUGGCCACAGGCAAUAAUGACUCAACAUAACUACUAAGCCAUAAUACUACGAGAUAGGUCUCAAAGAUAAAUUAGUACUAACCUUUUUCAUUAUCCCCACCUUCCAUGGCGGCUUCUCUCUCUCUCCCCCUCUCCCCCAUUCUGCCUCCUCCUUCCACGAAACUUCAAUUUUUCCCUGAAAAAAAAGGAUACAAACAAAAGGACAAGAUCAGAUCUCGCUAUAAAUCAGCAUCUCUCCUUUGUUCACAUGCAUUUUAGCAAAAUAUUACGGCAGAAAAGUAACCGGAGUCAGUCACCCUUCUCUUGCGUUCUUCAGCUGCUGGCAAAGUAACUCAGCUUUCUUCUUUUCUUCUUUCCCCUUUCAACAUUUCUGAGGGUUUUCUUCCGCCAUGGAUGCCCUUCUUGAAGUAUCGUUCGAUGGGUUCAGAUUCGAGAACGGAUCGGGGACUCGCUGCAAACCCAGAAACCCUCAGGAUUCCAUAAGAAACUCUUUCGUGUCUUUGCCCAGACCCGAACACGAAAACCCUCCGUCUGGUGACUCGCCUGCGUGUUCGGAUGACUUUGCUGUUCUCAAGUACAUCAACGACAUGUUGAUGGAAGAAGAUCUCGAAGGGCGGUCUUGCGUGUCGCAGGACAGUUUGGCCUUACAAGCUGCCGAGAGAUCCUUCUAUGAAGUCCUCCACGAUCAAUCUUCACUGUCCGGUCAGAACUCCAACGACCAAUCAGAAGAUCUCACCAGAAACCUCAGCACGACAACAGGUAGCAGCUCACAUCGACCGGCUUCAGACUUUACCGGGUCGCCUGAAAACACAGAUUCCGAAAGUGCUCUGUUCGGGGAAUCACAAAGAAGGUACCGUCCAAGGGAUGAUGAUGAUACCCUUGAAAGUGGCCGAACAAAGAAGCAACCUGCGAUCUGGUUUGACACGGAUCUGCCAGAAAAGUUUGAGGACUUACUGUUGAUAUGCACAGGCCACGACCAAGAAGCAUCAAACCCGAGUCACCAUAACAGAUCCGGACGAGCAAAGGGCUCAUCAAACCGCUCCCGAACACGAAACCCUGAACCCGUCGAUAUCCGUAGUCUACUGAUGCAGUGUGCGCAAGCUGUGGCAAGUUUUGACCACAGAACAGCGACUGAGAAACUGAAAGAGAUAAGAUCCCACUCUGCUAGGAACGGCAAUGGAACUCAGAGAUUGGCAUUUCACUUCGCGGAAGGGCUUCAGGCACGUAUCGCGGGAACCCAGUCGCCACCAGUGUUUUAUCCGCUUCCAUGUGACAGAACAUCAAUGGUGGAUAUCUUGAACGCGUACAAGGUGUUCGUUCAGGCUUGUCCCGUCAACAAAAUGUCUUAUUACGUUGCAAACAAGGCAAUCUUCGAUCUUGCAUCGAAAGCAUCCAGGCUUCACAUAAUCGAUUUCGGGAUUCUCUAUGGCUUCCAAUGGCCUUGUCUGAUACAAGCCCUGUCAAACCGACCAGGUGGACCACCACUACUCCGGAUUACGGGAAUCGAGUUACCACAGCCCGGAUUCCGCCCGUCAGAGCGGGUGGAGGAGACGGGUGGGCGUCUGAAAAGAUUCUGUGAUAGGUUCAAUGUCCCAUUCGAGUACAACUUCAUAGCGAAGAAGUGGGAAACCAUCAGUCUUGAAGAACUGGAGAUCCAUCCGGAAGAGACAACUGUUGUCAAUUGCCUGUACCGGCUCCGUUACACCCCAGACGAGACCGUGUCCAUGAACCCUCCAAGAGACAUGGUUCUAAAGCUAUUCAGAGAUAUCAAUCCUAACCUCUUUGUUUUCGCCGAGGUUAACGGGAUGUAUAAUUCUCCCUUCUUUGUGACGAGGUUUCGAGAAGCGCUCUUCCAUUUCUCAUCCCUCUUCGACAUGUUUGAGGCCACAACUAGAGCAGAGGAUGAACACAGGACAUUGCUGGAGAAGGAGCUAUUCGUGAGGGAUGCCGUGAAUGUGAUUGCCUCCGAAGGGGUAGAGCGGGUUGACAGGCCUGAAACUUACAAGCAGUGGCAGGUUAGAACAACGAGAGCCGGCUUUAGGCCCAUCAAACUAAACAAAGAGAUUACAAAGGAAGCUAAGGAGAUGGUGAGAAAAGGUUACCAUAGAGACUUUGUGAUCGACGACGAUAGCCACUGGCUGUUUCAGGGCUGGAAAGGAAGAGUACUCUAUGCUCUUUCUUGCUGGAAACCAGCAGAGAAGUAGCAAAAAUCAAUCCUGUAAUCACUAGAGAUAAGAGGGUUUUAUGAAUUGUCAGCUUUGUUUUUUUUUUUCCUCACAUGAUUCCUGCACACAUUCUUCUGGGUUUUCCUCCCA